AUUGUGCCACGUCAAAUUUUACGUAUUUUGAAAGUGGUAAAAAAUCUAAAAUGACCACCCAAACACCUCGUGUACUAGAUAUUAAACAUUAUGAGGACGGAACAGGUGCAAUAAUAGUUCAAAUAAUUCGUAGAAAUGCUUCUAUGACUCCCCAAGCUGGUCUCGUCUGUGUUGAAUCGUUAUUAUCAUUGCGCAUUAUACAUCAAAACGGAAGCGUGACAGAAAUUGACGUUGAUUUAGGGAUUCAGUAUUUAAAUUAUUGUUUUGGCAGUGAUGUAUCCAUAAGGCCUAUUCGAAUUUAUCCGUUAUAUGAUGAGCUUAUUUUAAUGACGUACACGAAUGCCACAGAUGAAGGAGAUUUUUCGACAUAUAACGAAUGGGGAAUGGUUAUUAAUUGGAGUGGAAAUGUCUUGAGCUCAACAUUCUUUGGGCAAUCAUACGUGAACCCAGUAACUAAAUCUUGGACACCUAAUCAAGCCGCCAUAAGAAUAAAUAUUGAUCCCAAGCAAGGAUUUCUCCGUCUUUCUCAAAUAACUGGACGACCCGAAUCAGAAUGGAAGCAUGAUGCUAAUGGUCAAAUCUCAUUAUUAUCUGGAGAUAUAAUUCAGGAAUACGGGAAUGUUAGUACAACAAUUGCUACCAUAGAUGGUGGUUAUGCCAUUGUGUAUGCCAAUAAUACCGCUAACAUUAACAUAAGUGAUGACCCAUUUAUGACGC